GGCCGCGGGUCUCGCUCUGCCCUCCGGAUCGGCGCUGGCGGGGGAGACGAGGCCCCGAGGCCGGGCGGAGCUGCGGGGAACCGGGCCGACGCGACCCGGCUGGGGUCAGCUCGGAGCUGGUGCAUUUUCAUUAGUGGCCCUCGGAGCCUCUGGAAGGGACUCGCGGCCUCCUGGAAAGGAGCCGCGCGGGACCCGGAAACGGAGCCUUGCGAUGCCCACCAGUGCCUCUGGUGCGCGUGGGCAGGAGGAUGCCGGGGUCUGGCGCCCGUCGUCGCGUUCCCCGCCCGUCCCGCGCGGCCGCUCGGGGCUAGCCGCUUCCUCCCGAACUUCUGCGUCGAUUGCUUGUCCCAGUCGACCGCUUAAAGGGAAUUCCGAUUCCCCGCUGCUCUGCCAGGUGGCCACCGCGCUCUCCGGGUCCGAGUGGGAGGACCACCCGCCUGUCUCUUCCGAUGCGGGGCUUCAGAAGGAUGCGGACUGUGUGCGUGUCCUCUGAAACGAAUCCUGCGUGUGAUGGCAUCGAUGAUCAGGCGGUGUGCGUACUGCACCGCAGGAAACGCACGACCCAUGCUAGUGACGGGGGAGCGGGGCCUAAGCCGGGACUCUCACCCACGUCCGUGCUAGGUCACUGCCUGGAACAUUGGCGCCGCAGAGUCGUGCCUUGUUCUGGCUGUGCCGACGUGAGGAUGUGCUGUCACGUUUCACGCCUACCACACGGAGUUGCAGAUUUUCUUCCAUUUAAAUGUGAUGGUUGUUCAGGAAUAUUUUGCCUUGAACACAGAAGCAGAUCGUCACAUAACUGUCCUGAGGUGACAGUUACCAAUGAAGCACCAAAGCCAGAUACGCACACGUCUUACCCAUGUUCAUUCAAAGACUGCACUGAAAAAGAACUUGUCCCAGUUACAUGUCCAUACUGUGAGAAGAACUUUUGCCUGAGACACCGACAUCAGGCAGAUCAUGAAUGUGAAAAGCUGGAAAUCCCCAAGCCUCGUAUGGCCGCCACUCAGAAACUGGUUAAAGACAUUAUUGAUUCCAAGAAGGGAGAGGCUGCAAGUAAGCGUCGGAAAGGUGCAAAAAACAGUGAAACAGCUGCAAAAGUAGCAUUGAUGAAAUUAAAGAUGCAUGCUAAUGGAGAUAAAUCAUUGCCACAGACAGAAAGAAUUUACUUCCAGGUUUACUUACCUAAGGGGAGCAAAGAGAAGAGCAAACCAAUGUUCUUUUGCCACCGAUGGAGUAUUGGAAAGGUCAUAGACUAUGCAGCUGCCCUAGCCAGUCUUAAAAAUGACAAUAACAAAUUAACAGCUAAGAAGUUGAGGUUAUGCCACAUUACCUCAGGAGAAGCAUUACCCUUGGACCAUACUUUGGAAGCCUGGAUUGCGAAGGAAGAUUGUCCUUUAUAUAAUGGUGGAAAUGUUGUCUUGGAAUAUCUGGAUGAUAAAGAACAGUUUUUAGAAGAUGUUGAUUCUUACUUGGAAUAGUCAAGGGAUCAAGCCAGGAACCACAAUAAAAACUCUUACUUUUAAUUCUUUUAUUGGGAGUAUUAUAUAUAAAUAUAUUUAUUUCACUUGCUUUUUAA